GACCAUAACGCCAUAAUUACGUUUCUGAGAUUUUCUUCGCAGUUACGUUGUGAUUUGUGGCUUUUAAAACAGUUAAUAUUAACCCAUGAUGUACAGUAAUCUUCUACAGUUUUCUAUUCCAUAAAUAGAUAUUGUAGUAUUACUGGUACAUAAAGAUGAAUAAAGAUCAGUUACUUAUUAAUGAGAGUGGCUGGAGACCACCUGAAGGAUUAUUGCCAAAUGGUUUUAGUCCUCGUGUCAAUCAUGAGGUUCCAGUAUACUAUGCAAGAAGAUCUAAUAAAAUUGAAAGUGCUGGUAAAAAGAAAGUUACAAGUGCGCCCUAUGAUGUAGCCAACAAGAAAAUAAAAAAAGGCAGAUCUUGUAAAGGCUCGAAAAGUAUACCAUCAAUAGAAGAGCUUGGUAUUGAGUUAAGAGAUGAAGAAGAAGAACUUGAAGAAUAUGAAGAAUUUGAAAAUGAAGAUGUCAAAAAAGUUCAAGAUGAUUUUGAAAAAGGCCAUGUGGUGUAUGGUAAAACAGAAGCCUUUACAAGUAUACUCAAGCAGUAUAAAACAUUAGAUGGUAUCCAAGGUGUGAUCAGCAGUAAUGUUAUGGAUGAGAUUUGUAUAUCACCUAGGAAAUUGUAUGAUGUCAAUAAAAACUUCACUAGAGGUGAUCUUCUAGGAGAAGGUGGUGUUGGAAAAGUACACUAUGUUACUGAUAACUUAUCAAAGGAAAAGUUUGUUGAGAAAACAAUAAAGAAAGAAAAAUUUGCUAGGAAAGAAGUUGAAGUCCUUCUAAGUUUACAACAUAGAAACAUAACAGAAUUUUAUGGUUUGAUAGUAAAUGAAGAGUCUAUUAGUGUAUUCAUGUCUUUUGCUGGUACAAGUUUAGAAACACUAAUUAUCAGAAACAAAAUGAUCUUCAGUGAAGAUGAAGUGAUUUGUUUAUCUAUACAAGCUAUGUCUGCCUUAGCAUAUAUGCAUCAAUAUAGCUUGGUACAUAUGGAUAUUAAACCCCAGAAUAUAUGUAUCAAACCAGAAACUGGACAUUUGAGUCUGACUGAUUUCGGAUCAAGUUUGACCCCACAAGAUAAUUUAGAAUUUGCUGGGGUUACUCCAGAGUAUAUGAGUCCAGAAUUAUGUCGACUGUUUGUUGAUGGUUAUCGUAAACAACGUGGUAAAGGACCCCAGUACCUGAUAACUAGAGAUACAAUAAGUGGCAAAAAUGAUGUCUAUGCCUGGGCUUGCACUAUGUUGUUUUUCUUUCUACGAAACCAUGCAGCCUUAAUGUUUGUGGACCCAAAAAAAUGUGAAGAUUUCCGCUAUCUUUUCCUUUUUCAGGUAGCCAAUCAACCACAAAUGAUGAGAAUAUGUGUCCCAGGGACUAUUAAAGCAGAUUUAAAAAGUAUUGUUGUUGAUCUGUUAAAUGGAGAAGUAGAAAAAAGACCGUCUGCUGAACAGGGAAAAUGCAUACUUGAAGGAAUUAAGCAAAGACGAUGCAGCAAUGAGCAGACUUAUCGACCAUUAGAAAGUCGAGAUGAGAAACAUGCAAGUAUCAAGUUGAAGUUAAAAGAGAAGAUAGAAAAUAAAAUGCGUACUGAUGGUUCAUCUGCUACCAGACAACCAGACAGUAAACCAACAGUUGACACAACUAAAGAUGAAUCAUCAGAGACCACUGGAACCCAAAACAUUCCUAAUUUUGAUUCACUGUUUUAAAUUGACUUUAAGAUUUGAAAACAGAAUCAACAUCGUCACAUUUAUCUGUUGCAUUUCACAAUGUUUAUCUUAUUGCAUCUUUAGUGCUUCUUUAAUGCUAGUAUAAUCUUCUCUUUUUUUGCUGAUUUUCUGUUAUAUAGUAGAUGUAUUUUCAUACUUUUGAUAGGUAUUAUGUGAUGAAAUUUCUCGUUGUCCUAUUAUUGUCAUAGCAUUUUAGAGCAGGAAAAUACUUGAAAUUCUCGGUAUUUUAGAUUUACAUUGUUUUUAUAGAUAAAGAACAGUUCUUUUAGAUUGCUUGGACUACUACAUAAAAUUGUGCCUUUAUAGCAGAUAGACUAUAUUUUAAAAUAUUAUCUGGAAAGAAUGCACAUGAAAUAUAACUUAAAGUGUUCUCUGCGAAUUUUAAUUGCAUGAAUUAACAUGCUUUAGUUGGGACCAAAUAAUGUAUUGAGGCAGAAAAUAUAAUAAAAUUAAUAUUUAAUCAUGAUCUGGCUCAAUGGAAUCAUUAUAGAUUCUACAUCAUUAAAGUUAUUUCAAUAUGUAUUUUGUGAUUAUUUUUGUUGUUUUUUGAACAAAAAAAUUAUUGGUUUAUGUUAAAAAAAAAAUGUAUUGUUUUGUUAAGAAAAAAAUGUCUUUUAUAUCUUCUCGCUAUAUGAUGUGAUUCUGUAUUUUCAGAAUCAUUAAUAAAAUAGGGCUUCUUUUUUUGCAUAAAAUUAAAUUAUUUUAAGUCAAGUAUUAUAGUAUUAUAUAAUACAUGAUCAAAUUAUAAUUUUCUUUUGGAUUUGAUUGUUUAAAAUGUAAACUGUGUACACAAUAUGAUUGUUUUAUUGAAUUGAUUAAAAUUAUUUGAUUUUAUUGAAGCAAUUUUCAAAAUUUUGUCUCUUAAUUGUAAAUAUGAAGCUAUUUUCUCUGCGCUUGUAGUUUCUGCUUUGUAAAAUAAAAAAAAAAUAAAAAAAUUAAUUGUCUUGCUU